CAUCCAGGCCAGUACAAUAUAGGACCCUAACAUACGUGCGUAAAGCAUCAUCUAAACCUGCAGUCAUCAGCAAAUUAAACCUGUUUUAUUUAAAUUAUUCACUUAUUACUUCUGAUUUGUCGAAAUGGCUACCGCUACUGAGAAAGCCAUUGGCAUCGAUCUAGGCACCACUUACAGCUGCGUGGCCGUGUGGCAAAACGACCGCGUAGAGAUCAUCGCCAACGACCAAGGCAACCGAACCACUCCUUCGUACGUUGCCUUCACGGACACCGAGCGCCUCAUCGGAGAUGCUGCCAAGAACCAGGUGGCAAUGAACCCACAGAACACGGUGUUCGACGCCAAGCGCCUCAUCGGUCGUAGAUUCUCCGACCCUUCCGUCCAGAGCGACAUGAGGCACUGGCCCUUCAAGGUGGUCUCCGGCCCCCAAGACAAGCCCAUGAUCGUCGUCAACUACAAAGGCGAGCAGAAGCAGUUCGCACCCGAGGAGAUUUCCUCCAUGGUGCUCACCAAGAUGAAGGAGAUCGCCGAGGCCUACCUGGGAAAAACCAUCAAGAACGCCGUCGUUACCGUCCCCGCCUACUUCAACGACUCUCAGAGGCAGGCCACCAAGGACGCCGGCGCCAUUGCAGGCCUCAACGUCAUGAGAAUUAUCAACGAGCCAACCGCCGCUGCUAUUGCCUACGGCUUAGACAAGAAGGCCUCCAAAACUGGCGAGAAGAACGUCCUCAUCUUCGACCUCGGGGGUGGCACCUUUGACGUGUCUCUCCUGACUAUCGAGGAGGGCAUCUUUGAGGUGAAGGCCACUGCCGGAGACACCCACUUGGGGGGCGAGGAUUUCGACAACAGGCUGGUGAAUCACUUCGCGGCGGAGUUCAAGAGGAAGCACAAGAAGGACAUGAGCAGCAACGCGAGAGCGCUACGGAGACUGAGGACAGCGUGUGAGAGGGCCAAGAGGACACUCUCCUCCACCGCACAGACGACCAUCGAGAUCGACUCGCUCUUUGAAGGUAUUGAUUUCUACGCGACCAUCACUCGGGCCAGGUUCGAGGAACUCAACAUGGACCUGUUCAGGAAGUGCAUGGAGCCGGUUGAGAAGUGUCUCCGCGAUGCCAAGGUUGAUAAGGCUCAGAUUCACGACAUUGUCCUUGUUGGCGGCUCCACCAGAAUCCCCAAGGUCCAGCAGCUUCUGCAGGACUUCUUCAAUGGCAAGGAGCUCUGCAAGAGCAUCAACCCCGACGAGGCCGUGGCUUACGGGGCUGCUCUAAACAAUAAAAAUAUUUAA